AUUCUACAUUUUACCGGAUACCGCUCUUCUAAACUGGUGAUAUUCACUUCUUAGAUAACUGGGAAUUAUUUGUCUCACAAUUUCUCUGUCAUUUCUAAGUUUAAAUAGAACUUUACUUUAAAUAAAAAUGGGUGACCGCAAAUUCUUUAUUGGUGGCAAUUGGAAAAUGAACGGAAACAAGAAGGCAAUUGAUGAUAUUAUUGCAUUUUUGAAUGAAGGUGCAGCAGUUGACCAUACAGAGGUCGUUGUGGCGCCACCUGCAGUCUAUUUGGAUUACGUUCGCAGUCGUUUGAAUGCCAAAAUUGGAGUCUCCGCUCAAAAUUGCUACAAAGUAGCAAGUGGAGCUUUCACUGGCGAUAUUAGCCCUGCUAUGAUAAAAGACAACAAUUGUUCAUGGGUAAUUCUUGGACAUUCAGAAAGACGCCACGUUUUUGGUGAAUGCGAUAAACUUAUUGGCGAGAAAUGUGCUUUUGCACUUCAAGAAGGUCUGAAAAUCAUACCUUGUAUUGGUGAAAAAUUGGAAGAACGCGAAGCUGGAAAAACCAACGAAGUACUCUUCCGCCAAAUGAAGGCAAUCGCUGAUAACGUUAAGGAUUGGUCCAGCGUUGUCCUUGCUUACGAACCAGUAUGGGCUAUUGGAACUAAUAAAACUGCAUCUCCCGAGCAAGCUCAGGAAGUACACACCGAUCUACGUAAAUGGCUAGCGCAAAAUGUCAACGCCGAAGUUGCUAAGAACCUCAGAAUCCUCUAUGGAGGUUCAGUUAACGCUGGAAAUUGCAAGGAACUUGCCAAGAAACCAGAUAUUGAUGGAUUCUUGGUUGGUGGAGCUUCUUUGAAAAAAGAUUUCAUUACCAUCGUCAACGCUAGACAAUAAGAAUACAAAAUGGAGAAUGUUAUUGUAUUAGCAAAAUAAAAUAUAAAAGGACAAAAGAGAAAAAAAUUGAAGUUAGGUAGAGU